AUGAUAAUUGGAGCAAUUAAAGUAAAGGAUGGUCUCUUCAUAGGAGAUGAAUUAGCCUCUAAAGUAAGAUAUAGUCUUAACUUAUAAAGGACCUUGAAUUCGUCAUACAGAACAAAGUAACUAGAAUUGUUAAUUGCGCAGCUAAACAACUACCUUGUGUAUUCACAAACUACGGUGUCACCUAUCUGAAAUUCAAUUGGUUAGAGAAUGAACAAGUACAUCCUAUAUAUCAUGAAUAAGUAAAUACUAUUUCCAAAUGAUACUGUUAAUGAAAUCUAUCAAUUUAUAGAAUAAGCACAUAGUAAUGGAGAAUCUGUUCUGGUUCAUUCAGUCAGAGGGCAAUCUCGUUCAUGUUGUGCACUUGCUGCCUACUUUAUGAGAAAAUAUAAGUGGAAACUAUAUAAGACCUUGGAGUUUCUCAAUUCGAGAAGACCAGAUCUUGAAAUUAGAGCCAGUUUCUAUCACCAACUAACUCAAUUGGAGUCCAAACUAAGUAAGAAGGGUGAAGGUGGUCUAUCAAGCUCAUGGCAACCACAUGAGGAAUAAGAUCUACCCCUUGAGGAAGAUGAAAAACUUCUUAGGAAUACGUUUAUGAAUGCAAAAUCCAGUCCAGCUGAUUCAUGUUGGUUAGACAGAAGGCUAUUCAAUUAAUAUCUAAACGAGAAUAGAGUCAGAACCAUCACUUGGGCAGAUGAAACCUUAGCUAAAAAGUCCUAAAAAAAGAUCAAAUAGACUAAUCCCAAGAAUGCUGUUAAAUUGAAUAGUUAAAAUAAUAUAAGUGGGAAUAUCUACCACGUGACAGUUAAUAAUUAUGUAACACUAAAAGAAGAAUUAGAAAAAUACAAUUCCAGUAUGAAUUCCAGAGAAAAUAAUAAUGCACUUAUCAAACCAAAUAGUGGAACUAUCAAAAGAUAGUAAAAUGAUAGUCUCAAAAAACAUUAAGAAUAGAAACUUAAACAAACAGGGAAAUCUCAAUCCUUAAAAUAAUAAAAAAGAGAUCCAACAGACAGACCUAGAUCUGCCUAUGUGUACCAAUAUUAAUAAUUCUAGAUAGCCUGAAGUUCAACCCCCUGUUAAUAUUCCAAAACCAGCACCCUUUCCUUAUCGUCAAUUUUCCCCGGUUGUGAAAGGUAGUUUGAUUUAUUUACUUAAAAAUUAGGAAACAAUGUUCCUAAAGUAACCCAAUUAAUUCCAACGAAUAAAAACAAAGGGUGGAGAUAUCCAUCACCUGGAUAGUUGAAGAACGAUGAGGAUUUCAUUUAAUCUUUUAUCAACAGCAAACCUGUAUGGAAAUGA